CUCGACUGAUAUUACAUCCGCGUCUGAAUACAGCACUCCGGCUUGAAUAUUACUGCAUGGGAAGACCUCUGUUCGGCGCAGACACCUCAGGUCCGUCUCACGACAGUUCUUGCCACUGUGGUUUCUGUAUACCGAAUACACCCGACCUCCCCCGUCAUCCAACUGUCAUGUCCCGUCCUGUCACGCCUUCCUCCACUGGCCCUACCCACGAUUUGGACGUCUACGCGCAAACAAGAGACAGUUUACGUCUUGCGUCUACAGCUUUGGAUGCUGCAUAUAUUCGACUUCGCGAGUUACGAAUUGCUAUCCGCGGACUAUCUGCAUCCUCUUCCUCGGAUAAUAUGAACCCAGGCCACUCGGCUAUCGUCCUUUCCGGCGAGGAGACAGCUGCCGAGAACAGGCCUUCCCGUUCACCACAAGCUUAUGCAAUGGAAGCUCAACCCGCAGGAGACCCGCAUGCUCCCUUACCUCAGGGAUCCUUUCCGGGCUCUGUGGGUGCCACACCAUCAUCUAGCGCAUCUGCCCCUCCAGUAUUUCUCAGACCUAAUCCUGCGCAUGCCGCUUCUCAGGACUCUCCCUUUACUGCUCCGUCAGAUGAAG